UCUGAAAACCUCACUCUGAAAUGGUGGACCAAUGUUUGAUCAAGUGCUCUGGGGGACUCGCCUUUUUUUUCAAACUCUAUCAUAAAAUAUUUCACUAUAAAAAACUAUAAAAAAUAACAACUUUUUUUGUUGGAGAUAUUUUGAAGCACAAGGCAACAUAACUAAUCAGCACCAGCAAAGUCUUUGGCUGUGAAACACAAGUUUGAUAUUUUAGUGUGAAAUACACGACACAACAAUGAACAAUGUGGCAGAUUGGAUCAUGCAGAACAGGGACAAAAUUGAGAAAGGCGUGGACAUCAUGGGGCAAGCCUCAGAGGUGCUUGCCUCCACCGUGGGCCAGCUUCACCCUGUGCUGGAGGCUGUGUUUGUUGCUUCUGCUGAGUUACUCAGUAAUUCAGAGGGCAAAGAGGCUCGCUACCUGACUCAGCAGUUUGAACUGGUCAACCAAAAACUCGAGGGGAUCCAGGAUGAGAUAAACAAAAUCGCCCUGGAGCUGCAGAGGACGUCGAUGAACAAGCAGAACUUCGAUCGAGAGGCGCAGAUGAUCAGCCAGUACGAAAAGUUCCAGGACUUUGUCAAUGCCAAGCCAAAGUUCAAAGAGAAGAAGAUGGAGAAGUUCCUCAGCCAUUAUGAGAACACAGACGGCGACAUGAACUUGGACGCCCUCUACAAUGCAGUCACAGGGGAGAACACCUCAGGAGACCCCAUGCUGGAAACCGUCGUCACCACAGAGCAGAGAAGCAGAAGGGCAGUUGAGGAUUUCUGCGCCCGGCUGAAGAAGCUCUUUGUGGUGGGCAUUAUCGCCGUCAUGGGCCACUCUGCCCUCAAAGAAGGGGUGGUUGGGGAGGAGAUGGUGAAGAAGUGGAAGGACCGCAUGGAGGACGUUGAGACCCGAAUGAAAGCAGCUGUGGAUGAAUGUACAGAGAAAUUCCCAGAUCAAGCCAAGAUGGACGUGGAGCACAUCCUUCAGGAGAACACCGGCACGGUCAACCAAGAGUUCACCCAAACUCUUCUGGAUUCACUUGUUAAGAAAUACGACUGGGUGAACUGGUCCGUCAGGGCCUUCAACAACCGGGAGAGGAUCUUCUUUUUCAACUGGCUGGCAGGAAAGAAGUGCCAUGGAAGUGGGGGAACCAACUGGUUUGAGUUUUUGACCAAGAACAAGAUCAAAGUGGUGGUCUCUUUCUGUGUCGACCCCAAGCCCAUCAACAAGAAUCAGAUCAAUGAGAAGAUCGAGGCCAGGAAGCUGAGGGGCAACAUGAUGGCAUUGGCUCUUUCUUUGAACACCAGCUUCCCCAACUGCCUGGUCCAUGCUGUCAGCCAUUACAAGGAGGUGGUUGAGUCCAACAACUUCCAUGAGGAUUGUUACUACUAUGAAAAACACAAAAAGGCUUUGCUGUGCAUCCACCCUGAAUAGACUCACAGAGAUUCAAAAAGUUAUAUUCACACACUUUUAUAUUUUAUCAGAUCACUGAACGAGAUCUUGAUUGUGAUUUAUUUCUUACUUAUAAUUAUUAUUAUUUUACAUAUAUAUAUAUAUAUGAUGUAGACAUUUUACACCAAUACAUUUCAAUGACAGUUUCAACUAAGAGUUAUUAAUGUUAUAAUCACAUUUUUAAUGUAUCUUAAUUGUUGUGUUAUUAAAAAAAAUAAA